AUGCGGCUGGUGUGCCAGUGGGUGCUGCUGCGGGCUGCCCGCCAUGUUGAGCGGCUGCGGCUGAGAGUGGAGCUUGACCACCAGCAAUUAGAUGCGGCUGCUGAGCUGGAGACAGCCCUGGUUGCGAUGCUGGUUGGCUGUGGAGCGGCAGGCAGGCUGUCAGAGCUGGACCUCAGCCUGGUGCAUGUUCCUUUUGGGCUCAGCAGCUGGCUGUCAGCCCUGCGCAGCCUGCAGAAGCUGCAAAUCAGUGCAAUGGCUUCGCUGCAAGGUCUCGGUGCCGAGUGCAGGCUAGUGGCAGCUGGGCCGCUGCAUACGCUGACAGACCUGGAGGUGCUGUGGCUGUCGGGCUACCCGAUAGUUGCCAUGUCGGAUGUCACAGAGCUGGCAAGCCUGCGCCGCCUCACGAUGGAUGAUGUGGAGAUGGCGUCCCUCCCCCUGGAGGGCCUAUCAAUCCUGGAGUACCUUUUCCUGAGCCGAAGUGGCUACCUGCCCGACUCCCUGGCCCUACCAGCGUCCCUGGAAACCUUGCGCAUCAAUGGAGUCAGCACUUCAAGCAUGGUCGCGCUGCACGCUGCGAUGCGCCAGGCAACGCAGCUGACCUGUCUGCUGCUGCAAGGGAUCAGCAGUUUGACGGGGCUGCCUUUGGAGUUGGCCUGCCUCGAGCGGCUGCAAGAUUUUGGCUGGGAGGUCUCGCCUGAACUGAACGACUACGGCCUCCGCCAGCUGCCAGCGGGGCCAUGGCUGAACAGCGUCACCCGGCUUGUGCUGCCAGCGUUGAAGGCGGAGACAGGGUGA